UCCGAUGCUUGUCUAGUAGCUGCGAGUUUGUUGAAACCUCCGACAGUGUGUCAUUCGGACAUAAGGUAACCGUCGGUCAGCUAGCUUACCCACGGGUUCGGUUGAAAUAAGACAUAUUUGCUCGGGAAGUCCGUUUGUUUGCGAAUUUUUCAAAUUGAACUGUUGUUCGAUUGUGUUACGUCGGAGAUGUUACUAUCGGAAAAAAAAUGAUACCCGAAACAGGAGACGAACAGCCUAAGAUUAGUUUCUACGGUGCAUGAAAUUCUUAUCGGUCUCACGGAAAACCAAGUGGAAUAAAAAGGCACGCCACCCACUUUCGAAUCUGUUUGGCCUUUGACACGGGAAAUAUGUACGCUGCGCUGCACUGGCACCGGACCAGAAGAUCCGAUUAGUGUUGGUCGGACGGGAGUGGAACGAAGCUACCUACCUACCACCUACCGGGCGGAACAAUAUGUGUGCCACGGUCAACAAUGGCUCUGCCGCCCAUCAUAUCCUUUCGAGAGCUGCCGAAAAGGCACCCAGCAAAUAUUGAGACGAAGGAAAAUAUCGUCCUUUUCCGCAUCGUUCGACGUACAGUCAACUUCAGAAAGCUUUGGCCGAGCAGUAGGCGGCUAUUUGGAAGUUAUUUGUGACGUGCUUCUGGUGGCGAACAGAGCGAAGAAUACGUGAAAAAAAAAACAAUAUUGUGGUACUCGGCGUUUCAACCACACACAACAACAACAAAAAAUAGAAGUGAAGUGAAAAAGUGCUUGUGCUUUGCCCUCCGACGGGAGAAUAUCAUAAAAUCAAUAAAAUAAUCAUAAAAGUAAGGCUAUAUACAGCUGUUUUUGUGCGAGAAACAACAUAAGUGGAAAUCGAGGGUGAUAUCUCAUCUAGCUGGAAACGAAGCUGGCAACUGGCGACUGGUCAGUGUAGAGUGGAUUAGUGUUGAGUUUAUGUUUGGAUUUGUAGAAGGAUUUGAGUAACAAAAGACGACUGUAUUUGAAGAAGAAGGCGAAGAAAAAAUAACGGUAAACACUUGAUGCAAUGAAAAAUGAAUGAGAGCUGCGAAAGUUACGAAUCGUACUAACGCUUAACAGUCACCGGAAACUACCUGUGCUACAAUCCGUCCCCACGAUACGGGGAUCCAUCUGUUUAUUCCCGAGAACUUAAAUUAAUCCGGUUGCUUUCGGCACAGUGACAACUGUGAGGUUUAUAAUCAAAAUCCUACCACAUUAGGAUUGAAUUAAAAAUAGUCCUCAGUGUCUUGUCGUGUUCCGGUUAGACCGACCGACUAACGGGUGCUCGGUAAACAGUGGACUGUGAAUAUAGACUGCUACCGUUGCUGUUGCGGGCCACUGUUAGGUCGAGCUAGUGCAGGAAAAUAGCAGCAGUAAAGUGUGACGGGAUUACGAAAAGUGCCACAAGAGAUAUCCCUGCCGUAAUAAAAUCAAACGUUAAUUGCACUAAUUAGUGAGCAAAAGUAGCAGAACAGGACCAACGAAAGCUUCCUCUCGCAAAGCUCGUAAUUUGUGUACUAUCGUCAGUAUAUGUGUUAGUGAACUGUCAGAUGAAGCGGGUGACCAGUGCCACCCACCCAUCUCGCCGUUUGUAGAAUGAAGCUCGAAAAUACCUUUACUGUGAAGAGUUAAAAACCAAGCAAAUAUAAAAUGCACGGUGAGGAAAUCGUGUAGUCUAUGCCCUGGCUACUCCCGAACACCUGCCGAGAAGAAACAUACAAGGCAAACCAACAGGACAAGGACAGUGCCUCCGAAACAGUUGUGCUUCGUUAAAAAUUUUAAACUUCGAUUCGAUGCUGCAAGUGUGAUACGUCCUUCGAAUUAGUUUUCGAAAACAAAAAGGAUAAAACAGAUGGCUUCGGUUGAAAUAAGUGUAGCUUUGCAUAUUGGAAGGAAGCCCCCAAAGUGAAUUAAAGUCUGUAAACCAAUCCGAGAGGGGGGGAAAUAGUGAAGUUGGAUUGGGAUGAGGUGGUCCACCGUCCUAUCUGUUGUCGUCAAUGUUGUUGUCGUUGCUGUUGUUAUUGUUGUUGUUGUUGUUGUUGUUGCAAAGCAGUAUCCAGACGGCGCCAGCAAAGUGGUAGAAUCCAGGUGCAACUUGCUGAGUGGCUGCUGUACCAACAAUGAGGAGUGAUAGCUCGGAACUUCUGCUCGAGCAACAAGCAGAAGAGCUACGCAAGAAGAAGUUGCUAGAGUUGGCAGCUGCCAAGAAAGCGAAAAGUGGCCCUCCCCCGAAACGAACGCUGCGCGAAAAUGCCAGCUUCUACACUACUUCCAGUUUGGCGUUCCUGUCGGUGACGGCUGGAGCAUCGUUAUUAUUUCUGGUUCCUCUGUAUGUCGAUCCGGCGAUAUCAACGCUGGUCGGAGAUUUCGUCGAACAGCCCACGAUGUGUGUUACGACGCGGCGCGAAGAUAUGACCGGGCUGUUCAACUGCUCGUGGAGUUCGUGCCGAGAGGGUUGCACCUCGGAUGUGUUCAAGUGUACUCAUAUUUAUGUGACGUUUAUCGACGAUCUGAACUUCACGUUUCCUUUCAAUGCGACGCCCUCGGAGCUGUUCAAUCUGACCGACAUCGAGCGAUCGGACGAAGCGAUACUGCUAGUGAAUAUCAAGGGUUGCGGUUACCCACCGGCGAUCAAGUGCAAAAACUUUACCGAUAUGUACGGCUUCGAGGGCGCAGUCUUUCCAUGCUACUACUCCAAACAAAACAAAACGGUCGUCAUGACCUACUACAACCGGGAGGACCAGGUGCAAACGAUCAUCCAUUUUUUCGUGGUUCCAUUCAUCAUCACGGUGAUCUCGUCGGUGUUUCUCUGCUUAAUGCACUGUGAUUGUAGAUGUAAGAAGGAGCGACGACGCCGGCAUCGACACCGAAGGCCUAGGAUAGAAAAUCUCAGUGAUUCAUCGAUAUCGACCCGGGUGGAUAUGCUGACACCCGCAAUCGAAGUAUACAAACCGCCCCUCUGACACAAGGAUGACACCCUGGAGAGCAACCUCGGCAAUCCAUCGACCAGUAGCGAUCUAUGACGAGGUGCACUGUCGUUGGCGGUAUGCUUCCUCACGGUGCAGACAGACAUUGCUACAGUCUAUCUGGUCACAGGAUAGUUGGUGAUGGGAAAUCACCGAGCGGUGAUGCUAUAGAACAAAUAACCGGUACACAUCCCACAGCCAACGCGAAAUGUCCACCGUAGCUGCUGUUCCAUACGGUCCGUCGUACGGGACUUGUGUGAGUUACUUCCAGAGACGAUAACCACUUGUCGCCUUCAGACGUGGGUUGUUUGCUAUUACUAACCACUUGCUAGCAACAAGCAGCCAACCAUCAUUGAAAGGGAUUCCGUAAGGACGCACACGUAAGUGGCAUAAAUAUGCUGUCGGAAUGAGCAAGCAAGGCGUAGCGGCACGUCUAUAACGUAUGUAAGAAGAAAAAGGGUUCGGCUAAGAUCACGCCCGGGUGUGUGUGGGUUAUCUAGGGGGGGGUGCUCAUUGCAGGACGAUGAGUCUGCCGGGUUUCCAUCUUUCCCCUUUUGCUCCAUACGACGGUAACGGUAAUGACAAUGGCUGCUUCGGAUGCUGCUUGCUGGGGCUACCGAUGGCAAUGUUUUGAAGCACGACACACACACAGUCCACGUGGCAACCCUCGAGUUUAGAUUUCUGCAGUUGCAAAGCGCAAUUAUGAAUAUGUUUGAAUGUGCAAUGCUGGAGCUUGGAGCUGGUUCAAACUAAGUUGAUCUACUUGACUGUAUAAUGGCUAUAAUUAUUACGUUACUUUUCUGAGGAAGUGAUUAAAAUAUUCCUCCAUUGUUACUAACUUUGCUUGCGCUAAUUAUUCUAUGCAUUUAACGGAAUAUAUAGUUUUAAAGUUAUUGCAUAACAAAUCGCCUUUUUGUAUGUAUAUAUAAAAUACCGUCCAGUUAGUUUCUUUGUUUUUCGCUUACGUUUCGAAACAAAAAUAUCGAUUGACAGCAUCGUAGAUUGACUAAUUGCCAUUGUAAUUACCGUUGCUAGCCGGUGUCAUUUUUGCUCCAAGAUGAAAUUGACACGAGUCAGUUUCGAAACUAAUGACUGUGACGGAAACCGGUUAGGGUUCAUAUUUGAAAUGAACACAUCCGUGCCCAUUUUCCCGAUCCGGUAUACUGUACUGUGUUUGAUGUAACUAACCUGGAUUUAAUUCCUGGAAAUUCGAGCAAAAACGACACUGCGGACGAAGGAUUCCCACAAAUGCUACUUGAAUGGCGGCGACGCUGUGAAUAAUAAAUCAAAACACCGGAAGUUAAUACCGCCUAAAGGGGAAGUCCGAGUUGUGUGGGUAUUAGUAUGCAUCAUUUGAUGUGUGUUUACCUUUGUGUAUGUGUGUGUGUGUGGACCGCAGGACAGCGAUCAAGUGGAAGAGAUUUAAUCGUCGUGGUAACGACGGCUUCGGUGGCAGUACUAAACAAACGGAAGAAAUGGUCUCUUUUGGGUGUCAAAUUAAACAGCAUGCUAGGAUUACAACUAAUUGACUAGAACUUCUAAUUUUAGGAACAUGAAAAAAAAAUCGUUCUAGAAAACUAUACACACCGACUAUGGUAGCAAAGAAGCCGAAAAGAUCAAACCUAUAAUAAACAAUCUAGAAGACUAAGGUCAAGUUUAGCCUAAGUAGGAUUAAACAAGGUAAAUUAGUGUGUAAGGGAAAACCAAGAAAACUACCAAAUAUUUAGUGUAUUUGCUAUGAAGAAAACAGAAUGAAAUCAUAUACUAAACAAACAAAAAAAAAGAUAAAACCCCAUUAGUAUGGCUAAGUUUCCCUUCGCUGCAUUAUAAAACGAAAAACUAAAAUUAUUAGGAGCAAUCGCCAAGUUCUUCGUGUCGGUUCAGAAAGUAUAGGAAUGGUUUAAAAAAAACAGUGAAGACAGCAAUAAUCAUCUAGAAGUGGUCAUUCCAUAAGACUUGGGUAUCGACAGAAUACCGGUCGGUCUCGUUACAAUUAGGUUCUAGCAAUUGGAUUGUAGAGAUUUUUUUUGUUAAGCUAAAUGAUAGAUUGCUUUAAGCACUCUUAACAUGUACUAGCAGUAGAUUUAUGAGUGCAUGAAGGUGCAUGUUGUCUUACGUUUACUUCAGCAAGAUCGAUGAAAUUGAGAGCCUUCAACUAGAAACUGCCAAAAACCAUUAAAAUGCAAACACAUAAACCCAUACAUAAUUAUAGGAAAAUUGCUGCUCACCGGAUGAAAGUUUAACAUGUCAAAAUCCUACGAAAUGUUGUAUGAGUUAAUUGCGGUUCGGUUAGUUAAAACACACGGAGAACAGACUUCCAAGCCGUUUGCAUACGAUUUUGUAUGCAAGCUCGAACGCAACGAUUACUGAGCUGUCAGAAGCGACUUGCUGUUCAGUGAUUGGAAGCCGAACUUGUUGGUCUGUAAUCUGUGUUUUAAAACAUUCUACGCAUAUAAAUAUGAUUACUGCAUGUUGGCGUUCCACGUGCUGUACAGGUAUUUGUUCGGGAUUUUCCGGUAAAAAAAGAGUAGGCCGCUCAUUCUGUGAUUUAAUGAAUUGUUACUGUUUUAAUGUUUUAAUUGACGUAAACUGGUUGCUGUGCUAAUUGCUAACGACACUACUGUGAUGAAGGAUCAAGACUCUUUACAAGCGUAUGAAUAAUGUCAACAAUGUGUGCGUAAAAACAAAUUCCGGCGCUUCUUUUCAUGAUUUUAAUCAAUAAAUCUUCCAUAUGGUUGAAGAAUAAACCAAUCGGUUCAUUCUGCUUAAAAUUGCAAUUCAAGAAAAGCGAAAAUCUUCGUCUAAACGACGACACGACCUGCCGCUCGUCUAUCGAAACUGUAUCGCAAAUUUAACUAGCCCUCAGUAACUGGUAGUGUCAAAAUGAAAUCUCUUGAAAAACUAUUGAAACUGGCAACACAGGUUGAUGAACUAUUGAUUUUGAAUAACAAUUACCAAAACCUUGGUUACUGCAUAUUGAAGACUUGAAGAAUGUAAACAAAAUAAACUACCUCGAGUGGAAGAUCUCAUUUCGCGGCAAAGUACAAGUUCUGCAGCAUCACCACGCGUAAGAGUAGUGGAUCGAUUAGUUCAGCUGGGGCUCGAACAUACGAAAAAUUUCUUGUAGGACCGACGCAAUCAGGUUGUCGUAUGUGCCCAAAAUCUUUUGUAUUGGAUAAUUUUUCUGCGUUGUCGGUAUCACAUAGCGUUUCAAUAUCCGUCGAUGUUUGUUAAAUAAUUUAACGUAAUCAGACUUCAGAUCAGAUCGAUGACGGUUGUCUGCUAUGUAAAUGACUUUUAAGAUGGUAGUAAACUGCAAAAGUCAUUGAAACGUUAGUGCGAAUCCUUUUAUCAAUCUGAUCAUCAAAAUUUAGUAUCGAAUAAUGAAUGAUAAAGCUGAGUCGAUCCGAUAUAUCAGCCCUAUUCUACGAGAUGCAAGUAAAUCGUUUGCAACAAAUCGAAGAUACUUAAAUGUUUGUGGUUUAUUUCUAAUCCAUUCCAGAAUCGCACUUCAUAUGCAGGUACGAAUAGACUUAUAAACAGAAUUCAAAUUUGUUCUUUUAUAAUGACUUUCUAAAGUAUUCGUCAAAUUUAUGUAUAUUUAUUACUUCUGAUUUUCUUCCAAAUCAUUCAACCCUAAUUGCUAAUCAACGUACAUAUAAAACAUUACGCCGUCAUAUUUUGUACAUUCGAGGAACUCCUUCAAAUCCCGAGUACAUUCGAGGAACUCCUUCAAAUUCGAGGAGCCCAAUCAAAUUAAAAAAAAACAACGAAUAUUUUAGUUGUUUUGCGAUCGCUGGCCUUUUCGUGUAGAAUUCUGGAACUGAAUACUGAACUUGAAUUCCGAACCUAAAAUAAGGAACAGCUCUCAGUUCCAAAAUCUAGUUCCAUAGCCCAAGUUCCGCAUUUGCUAAUUUCGGGAUAAUCGUAAAUCACCGAUAAGUUCAGCACAAUAUUUUCCUAAAUCUCAGCAAAAAGAAGCACUUUGUCGAAAAAUCAGUGAAUCUACUAAACGAAUCUCGGAAAAAAAAGAAUAUUGAUUACUGAGCAAUCAGCAAAUCUGUGUGUUGCCGAUCUGUUUCGGCAUUUUACUAUACCGAGCUCGAGAAUUGAUUUUAAGUGUGUACACUCAUAUUAUGAUUACAGUUUAUAGCGAAGAAAUUCCCUAUAGAUUUUUAUUUCAGAUUCUAAGUCUUAAAUUACAGUAUUCAAUUAAGUCUCAACGAAAAAGUGAAUGGCUACUUACUUUCGCUCGAGAAGUAGGUGUAAAAAAAUUACUUUCCAAAAGUAGGCGUUGAAUAAAACAAAACUUUUGAAACAUUGAUUUUAUUACAAUACAAAUGUUAUGCUAAAAAAACACUGAGAACUGCUACAGAGCGGUGUAGAUCAUUGUUUCGUGCACGAACAGCCGAAAAAAAACUACCGCUUGUUUCUGCUGAGACCAGAAAUGAUUCACGCUGUGAUUCACUUCAAAGGAACCGUGCUGGAAAUUGUCCUAUGGACAGUAUGUUAAUUAGCCUAGGUGCUUGUUGAGGUGGAGCAGCGGAAUUUGCCACUAGUGUGAUACCGAACAGCCUUUCGCUUUGUUCUGUUUCUCUUUGUAAUUGAAGAAGUUAGUUUUUUGUUUCAAGACAUGCUACCGGCAAAGGACGAUACCUGCUUGAUAGAGAUAGACAAUAUAUUUUGACUUUGGUUUUACAGUCACUACGUUUGGUAGAGGACAAAUUUGUUUAAUGUUUUACUUUGGAAUAGAAUAGUCAUACUUUGACUUGACUGUAGUAAAGGAAAUCUACAUUUGUAUACAAAGAAGCAGAAGUCUCUUUCUAUGUCUACAGCAUAUUUAUUUUAAAUUUUUUUUUCCAGAUUUCAAAAAUAGGACUGAUAAUCAUGCAGUACUCAUAACUUGAAAGCAGAUGGUACGAUUUAGGAAUUCCCUGAAGCUAAAUAAAAUUAUAAGAUUUUCUAUCAACUGAUUAACUAACAAAUGGAAAUCAUCCACAAUAAAAGUUUUAAAAGUUCACUUCGAAUUCAAGAGGUUUUGAGUUAGAUUGACCGUUCGGACUUGUCAACUGAGUCAUUUUUAUAGUCGAAACGAUUUUAAUAUUGGGACUGUGUCACCGACUUUUUUUUAGCAACGUGGCUUUUUGGCAACAUUUGUUCAAGACCUUCCCUUCGUAUUUUAUCAAUUUGCUACUGCUUUCCUUCAGCGUCGACCGGUUUUUGAACGUUUUCUGUAAUUUUAAAUUUACAGAUGACGCUAUUCAUAGCAAUACAUU